AUGGAGGCAGAGGAGCAGGUUUCUGCAAAAUACCUUCUUGAACAGAGAGACGUGGAAAUAAAUGUCCGGGAUAAAUGGGACAGUACACCUCUAUACUAUGCUUGUCUCUGCGGGCAUGAGGAGCUUGUACGUUAUCUUCUAGCCAAUGGUGCAAAAUGUGAAGCUAACACUUUUGAUGGUGAGCGUUGCUUGUAUGGGGCUUUGAGUGAUGCGAUCCGCCGGCUCUUGAAGGAGUACAAGCAGAUCACGGCCAAGUGCAUGAAGAGAGAUUACUAUGAUGUCUUUCUGCAGCGGCUCCUGGAGCAGGGUUACCAGAGUGACAUUGUCUUCAUUGUGCAUGGGAAAUCUUUCUGUGCCCAUCGUUGCAUCCUCAGUGCCCGUAGCGCCUACUUUGCUGAAAUGUUCGAAACUAAGUGGAAAGGGAAGAACAUGAUCGCGCUAAAGCACCCGCUGAUCAACCCAGCAGCCUUUGGAUCUCUCCUGCAGUAUCUGUACACAGGUGGACUAGACCUUGACGUUGAAUAUGUGAAUGACUGCAAGAGACUGGCCAAGCAGUGUCGGCUGCAGGAUCUCAUUGAAGAUUUGGAGACCAAGUGUAAAAAGGUCUAUGAAUUUGUCUCUUCCAAGCCAGGGACCUGUGUGAAAGUGCUGACAAUUGAGCCCCCAGGUAACUGCCGGCUCCAGGAGGACCUGGCUCUACUUGCAGACUGCGCCCUGCCAGCUGAACUGCGGGUGGGUUUUGGGGAGCUACCAUUUGACAGCACCGACAACUUCAACAGCUGCCCUGAUGUGUGCUUCCGAGUGGCAGAAUACAACUUCCUGUGCCAUAAGGCAUUUUUCUGUGGCCGCAGCGAUUACUUCAAAGCCCUUCUUGAGGAUCACUUCUGCGAGAGUGAGGAGCUGCAGACACAGCCCAGCAUCCCCGUGGUGACGCUUCAUGACAUCUCAGAAGACAUCUUCAUACGGGUUCUCUACUACAUUUACAGCGAUGACACCGAGCUCUCUCCAGAGAAUGCCUAUGAGGUGCUGUGUGUAGCAGACAUGUACCUGUUGCCGGGGCUCAAACGUCUGUGUGGGAGAACCUUGGCUCAGACCCUUGACGAAGAUAAUGUUGUAAACAUCUGGAGGAUUGCAAAGCUGUUCCAGCUGACCCGGCUGGAGGACCAGUGCACGGAGUACAUGGCAAAGAUCAUUGAGAAGCUAGUGGAGUUGGAGGAGUUUGUGGCUGCAGUGAAGGAGAAUGCCGAGGCGGUGGAGGAACGGCAGGAGACGGAUUCCAUCCCUCUCGUUGAUGACAUCCGCUUCCACAUCACCAGCAACGUGCAGACUUACAGUGCCAUCGAGGAGGCCAACCAGAAACUGGAGGCACUGGAGGACCUCCUGGCCAGUAUAGGGCUCGAGUGCUGAAGUCUGAAAUCUGGCCUGUCAUGUGCAGUGAGCAGCUCACUCGGCCCCAUGCUGGUGGACUCUGAGUGCAAGAACAUUUGUGUCUUAGUCAAAUAUUUGUCUUUAUUUCUCUCCUCCUUCCCACCCACUGCCAGGCAUGGUUCCCUUUUAACUUAUUCAUGUCUGGACAUUUGCAUGUUUGUUUUCCAGGAUAGGAUCCCAAAGUGCCCCAGCUCCACAGUUACUGCUUGUACCAUUCUGCACUGAUUUGUGGCUGCAAACCGUAGGGGUAACAGGGUUGUACUGUAGGGGGUUCAAACCAGAGCAUUUUUCCCCAUUACCACCCACAAGGGAACAGAACUGGAUUAAACUUGGUGUGAAGGAAAUUCUUAGAAAUAACCAGCUUGUCUUUCCCUUUCACUGUCCUGGGGUGAUAGCAGAAAAAAUGGCAUUUCCUACCAGGGCCACAGGAAUGUUCUCACAGGAGGCACAAACUGUCUGCACACACUGCUCCUAUUUUUGUGCACAAACAACUAAGUUAGUGUACAGUGCUGCUUGUUUUGGUUUUUUUUUUUUCCUUGCCUCCAAACUCUGGCACUUAGAUUUGCAUGCUCAGGGUUGUGCAUGGGAAUUCAGGUUUUCAGUCCAUGUUCUGGCACAUUGACACUAUUCUUGGUCAAGGCAAAUGGACUCCUGUUUUUUCUUUUCCUGGUAUUGUGUACAAUGUGCAGCUUUGGAAGCCAAAAGUUUUAGCUUCUGAAAAGGAAUUGAGAGAAGUGCAAAAUAGACCCGCAGCAGAAAGAGACAGCCUCCUAAGGAGCCAGCAGCUUUUCAUUUGGACUGAAAUAGAGGUUCUGCCUUUUGUGCCUCUCUCUUGGGGAAUAAAUGCCUUUCCUCUCAGAGCUGGCACUUCUGUUGGCCUGUUGUGUUGGGGUGAAGGUGAGACUUGUCAGGCAGGGGGUGGGCUGGUAAUUUAGAAAAGGAAAAGGGAGACUUUCAGAAUGCUUCAAUCCAUCUCUUCUGCUGUCUCACCUUUUGACUUUGCUUAGGUUAUAAAAACCUUGAGGCUCAUUGUUCUUCAGGAAGCUCUCUGCCUUGAAUGUGUUUAUGGAGGCUUCUUCCCCUGGGAGAUGAUGUUAUCAUUCAAGAGCCUGGUCUCCCCAUGCCUUCCAGUGAGGGAUGAGGGUGUUCUCUCUCCUCACCAGGCAGCAGGCAACGUUCUUGUAUAAAA